GCCAUUCAUGCUAAACGUUGCCCGUGCAACAACCAUGUGCUCAAUAACUCAUUGGCAAGAUCAUCCAAAGUAGUUUCCUGUCGCAAUACAUCUGGCACAAUGAGAAAAGUUGUAGCAUUCGCCAAUGCAUCCGCUAAGAGACAUGAAAUUUUCAAGGUAGAACUCGGAGCUGCCAUGCAAGGUAUUUGUGAGACACGUUGGGUAGAGAGGCAUGAUGGGCAUCUUCAAUUUCAAGGAGACAACUUAGUCAAAAUUUGUAGCGCUCUGGAGAAGAUUUCUGCUUGGCAAGACAAUAAAACUGCUAAUGAUGCGCAUUGCUUGCUGCAAACAUUGCGCAGUUCGGACUUUAUUAUAUCCUCCAUCUGUUUAAGUGAUGUAUUAGGUACUACUGUAUCUUUAAGCAGAGUACUGCAAUCGAAAACAAUUGAUUUAAAAAAAUGUACGGACGCUAUUAAUGAUACUUUAAGUGUUUUACAAAAUAAAAGAGAAAAUGUGGACAUAAUCUACCGACAGCUUUUUGAAGAGGCUAAGGAUGUAGCUGAGUAGCUAGAUGUAGAGAUUAAAUGCCCCAGGAUGGUAUCAAAACAAAUACAUAGGGCCAAUAACCAACCUGCUCAAUCAGCUGAAGAGUAUUUCCGCAGAGCUAUAUACAUCCCUCUUCUAGAUUCUCCAGGACCGCCUAUCUCCUGAUGUACUUAAUUUGUUUCAGCUAAGCGUUUUCAUGCCAAAAAGCGAAUAUACUAAUGAAGACAUUGAAACUGUGGAACAACUAGCUACCGACUAUAAAUUAUUACUAGAUAACACUCCAGUUUCUGUCAUUGUUAAUGAAUAUCGGUUGUGGAUGGUGAAGUGGCAGGCGUGGCAGCGAAGCCAGGACGUACCGCAGUCGAUUCCUGAUCUUAUUUUGAAUUGUGACAUCGAUAUGUAUCCUAAUAUAAGAAAUUUUUUAUGUAUUUUGGCUACACUACCUGUCAGUGUAGCGACAGCAGAAAGAUCUUUCUCUACGUUGCGCAGAAUUAAAUCGUGGCUAAGAUCUUCGAUAGUUGAAGAUCGACUAACCGGACUGGCACUUCUCCACGAUCAUAAAAACGUACCCAUUGACGUAAAUGACGUAAUAACGCGUUUCGGGAGAAGACGUCAAAGAAAAAUUGAUUUUGCUAUUUAAAUAUAUGUAUUUCGUCUGUUCGUAUUUUGUUUGUUGAAAACCCUUGUCGUAGCACCUCUUCACUUUUGCGGAGUUUUGCGUCAUACCCCUCGACAUACCUCUAGCUGUAAUGACAAAUCAUCCACCACGGUUAUGGAAUAUUAAUAGGCUGCCUCACUCCGUGUGUGAUAGUGCUUCCCUGGAUGUCUUCAAGAGAAUAUGGCAAUAUGUACGUGUAUAUGUACAAGUUAUUAGGUGUUAAGAUUUCCAAGUGUACAAUAACGAAUGAAUAUUUUUAAGUACAGUACUUCCGUACAUUAAUAAAAUGCCUACUUUUUACUUGUAUCUAUUGUUAUCAAAAUUAAAUUGUAAGUUUUCGACUUGACCACGACUAUGUGACCCCCCCCCCCCUGGUGCAAAAGCUGGAUCCGCCCUUGGGGGCCCCCACUCCUUUGUUGCAACUGUUGUAAAAAUUGCGUUGUUGUGGUAUGAAAAAGGGGGGCCUGACUGAAACGAACUGUGCCUAAUGGCCCCGAGAUGGUUAAUCCGACCCUGGGUAUUACACUAGAUAAAGAGUGUAAGUAAUGACAAGAAUACAAAGGUAGAUGUAACCUAAAACUCAUUAUUAGAUUAUUAUCUUUAAAGCGAAAUGCAAUCAUGACAGUCUGGUGAUGUCUUAU